UGUAAGUACCUAUUAUCGAACAGAACCUGAUAUCGGACGGUUUGUUUUGGUUCUAUAUGCGCAUGCGCAAAAGUGCGCAUGACGUCACAUCCAUAAACAAAUGGUCAUUUAUGAAGUCCGUGACCUACUUGUCCACUAAGCUUGCAACAAAUGCGCCGAAAACAGUCUAAUCCUAAGAAGAUAAUUAAACACAGAGGUCUUUACUCACCAACAGCUCUUCACAAUGCAUACCUUAAAGUAAAAGACAGUGGCUUGCCAGUAAGAAUUGUUGCAAAACAGUAUGGUGUUCCUCAUACUACACUAUGGGACCGUGUGAAAGCGGUAAUUGACCCUGAAUGCCUCAAACCCGGACCAGCUCCACUCUUCUCUCAGGAAGAAGAGGUCAAACUAGUUGACCAUGUCAAGACAAUGGCUGCCCUUGGGUAUGGUUAUACCAUCAGUGAAGUUGUAGCAAGUGCUACAAACUAUGCAGUGUUCCUUGGUAAAAGGCCAAAUGAUAAACCUUUGUCUGUGAAAUGGUUUAAGGGUUUCCAGCAGCGAUGGCCUGAGUUGCGAGUUGUUCGUCCGAGGGCACUGUCCAACUACAGAGCUGAAGCCACAUCAAAGGCCAAUGUUCAUGAAUAGUUCAACAAUUUGAUGAGCGUUGUUAAAAAACAUGACCUCCACAACAAACCUGAGUGUGUCUAUAACAUUGACGAAAAAGGUAUCCAAACAGAGCAUACACCACCAUUCAUAAUAAGUGGCACAUUGAAGGCACCAGCAGUUACUUCGUCAAGGUCCUGCGUUACAACAAUUAUUGGAUGUGGAAACGCAUUAGGCACACAGCUUCCACCAUUCUUUGUUUUCAAAGGGAAACGCCUGAAUGCAGAUCUGUUACAAGGGUCUACACAAGGGUCAUCAGGGUGUAUGUCUGACAGUGGCUGGUCAAAUUCAGCUGUGUUUUUACACUACAUGGACACCCAUUUCCUCAGAUAUGUGCAAAGAGUGGACAAGUCACAGCCUAUCCUUGUUCUGCUUGAUGGUCAUAAAAGCCACAUAAAUGUUCCAGUGCUGGAUUGGGCAAAGAAGAAUAACAUUAUUCUAUUCAUCUUACCGGCCCACACAAGCCAUGUCCUUCAACCCCUUGAUGUGGGUUGUUUUGGA